AUGGGUGACAAGGGAGAUACUGCCAAGAAGCAACCGCCACCACAGCAACAAAUUUCGUCUUCUCCCAAAGACCCGCUUGAGGAAUCAACAGAAUCAACAAGACAACAACACCAUCACCAACAGUCUCCGCCGAUCGUCGCUCCAUUCAUCUCUACCCCUCUUUAUGUUCCGAGCGCCGCAACUUCAUCUCCAUUUGAGCCAAAAUUCGAGGCUGUAAAUCCCAAGAGACCUAGAUAUACUGGGCAGUGGAAGCUUUUACCAUCUCCAACAACAAAGCAACAAAAACAGACCCAGUUGACCGAAUCAAGCCCGACCAACCCACAAACCCAACAAUCCCACACCGCAGGCGCCGCUUCUUCCUCGGAUACAGCCUCUUCUCCAUCUCACUCGCCUCUGCCUUCUCUUUCCGCCGCAUCCGGGCAGGACACAAACAAGCCGGAGGGAGAGCAAGCUCACCAUCAAAUCAGAAAAGGGAAAUAUGUGAGCCCGGUCUGGAAGCCAAACGAGAUGCUGUGGUUGGCUAGAGCUUGGAGGAUUCAACACCAAGGCGGGUCGGACGGGUCAGGUGGGUCGGGUUCAUCUUCAAGAGCAGAUCAAUUAGAGAGCGGGCAGACUAGAGGUAAAACUAGAGCCGAUAAAGAUAGAGACGUUGCCAAUUUCUUGCAAAGACAUGGGGUGAAUAGGGAUGCUAAAACUGCCGGGACUAAGUGGGAUAAUAUGUUGGGAGAAUUCAGGAAGGUCUACGAGUGGGAGAGAGGGGGUGAGAGAGAGCAGGUCGGAAAGAGUUACUUUAGGCUUUCUCCUUAUGAGAGGAAGCUCCAUAGAUUGCCGGCUUCGUUUGAUGAAGAAGUUUUUGAAGAGCUUUCGCAGUUCAUGGGGUCAAAAAUGAGAACAUCUCAACAGAGUAGAGGAAGUUCCGGAAUUGUCGCUGUUGAUGACAGUCGGACAGCAAGAGAUCUGCCUCCACCCGCGCCAUUCAAAGAAGAUGACUUCCCUCUUUCAGGUAGAUUUAUACUAUCUUAUGUAGCUCGGGCAAAACAACUGGUUAUAGUGAGCGGAAGUGAAGCUUUAUUCCAUGGUGGCAGAGGGAGCUUACUAGGGUUUGAGUCUCCUCUAGACAUUAUAGGCGGUUCAUUGUCUUCAUCUUCAAAAGAGCUUCGUCGGAUUGGGAAGAUACGAAUGACAUGGGACGAAUCAGUGAGCUUGUGGGCUGAAGAAGGUGAGCACCGUAGAGGAAGAGUAAAGCUCCAAGGCUCAAGCUUUUUGAGUGCCGAUGAGCUCACUUUCUUUGACGAUGCCAUGGUCCCUUGCACCAUGGAAGCCUUUGAAGAUGGCCCUGUUAAAGGCUUCUCGGUUGACAGAUUCGUUUCUGGACAACAAGUCAAAGUCUUCGGUAGAAGAAAGUCUUCUUCUGCCGCACCGCCUUCUUCUGGCUUCACUGAGAGAAUCCAGCUUCCCUUUACCGAACCCUCUACAAGAUCUAUUCCUCCAUGGGAAUUUCAAGACCCAACUGAGUACUACGUAGGUUGUUUGAGGGUUCCACCACAAACAGUACCAAGCUUGUUUGAGCUCUCAUGGUAUUUACAAGAGCCACCACCGGAAGAAUUGCGUUUUCCACUGAGAAGAGAUGUUUACAGGGACUUGCCCCAAGAGAAAGAGUUGUUCUUUACAACCUCCACCGAAUUUUUAGACUGUAGAGCCAUCACAUAUGAUAUUCUAAGCCCAAUAAUCCGAGCUAACCCUAGCAUCAGUGGCGCCACCGCCACAAGUAGAGAUUCGUUUAUUGGGCUUUGGGAUGAUUGCAUUAACAGGAUUGUGUCGAAAUUCUGUUCGGUUGAACUGGUUUUUAUAAGAAAACCCUCUUCAGCGUCGGCUGAGAUGUUGCAGGAUCAAUGGCCAAACGUGACGGGUUUUGUCAGGAACUUUUGUUUAUGGAGAGGAGAGGAGGUUGACCAAUCAAGGGAGGGAGCUCUGGAUCCAUCGUCUUCAAUUGCGGAAAAACUUUUAUGGACGUAUGCGGAUCUUCCUUACAUAUUGGGCUACUACGCUGUUGGGUCUUCGGUAACUUUUUGUGCAUUAAGCCGGGCGCAGGACCGGAUUAUCCGGACAGAUUUGUAUUCACUGGACCUAUCUUCGCCGGUGGAGAGACUCAAAGCCCUAGUCCCGUGUUACAGGAUUGCCGGCUUAUUGCCAUUGCUUGCUGACCGGUGCUUCAACAACAUCAAGAAUGGUGGUAAUUUCAAGCUAUUUGCUUAUAGCGAUUUUGAGAGGGUUGAUAUGGGUAAUGGAAAUGUCAUGGAAAUGACACCAAAUACGGUGACCAGAAUUUUCUCGAGCAAAAGAAAAUGGGUUGCAGUGAAGGAAAUCUACGAUUAUCUUGAUCACCGAAUCCCACAUGCGGAAUUCAUUUUCCGAUCAUCGGAGAGAGAUUUGGCAUUGGUGUUCAAGCCCAGAGGGUGCAAAAUUAAGCCAACAAACUGUGAGCAACUUGUGGAGGCUCUCAAGUACGUGACAAAGGCUUUGGUGGCGCUACACGACCUAUCGUUCAUGCACAGAGGGUUGGGUUGGGAGAAGGUGAUGCGGCGGAGCGACAGGGAGAACGAGUGGUUCGUGUGCGGGUUUGAGGAUGCAGUGGGUGCGCCACAAAUAUAUCCGCACGGGGUGGAGGGAGAGGUGGCGCGUGGUGGGCAAGCGCCAGAGAUGGGAAGGGGAUUGCAUGGGGUGAAAGUGGACGUGUGGGGGGUGGGGUAUUUGGUAAAAACAAGUGGGUUGGCUGGGGUCCCAAAGAUGCUGAGGGAGCUUCAGAACCGGUGCUUGGACCAGAACCCAGAGCAGAGGCCAACUGUAGCCGACUGCUAUCACCACCUGCUUCAGCUGCAGUCAUCUCUGUCAGCUGGAGGGUACUGA